GGAGCCCUGAAAACCAGGAGACGUAUGUUUUUAACUUGACGUCGCUCACCGAGUCUGAAAACAUCUUGUCUGCUUCGGUGUAUUAUUAUAUCGGUGAUCUGCUGCCUGCUAAGUCAAACCGUUCGCGAUCCGGAGGCUGUUCUCGUCACGGGCUCGAGAAACCUGAUGUUCAGGUACAUCUUUCCGUUUGGACCUUUCCUUCUGUUGGGAACCGGACUCGGAGACUGGGACGUUUCCUGAUAAACGUCUCCGCCGCGCACCAGGAUGUCCUUUCCUGGCAGCGGAAGGACAUCACUCAGCUCCUGCCCGAAGCAAAACAAAACGAGGAACUCCUGAUCGGUGUCAAAAUGGAUGUGACUGACCAUCGCCCUUGGAAAAGGGCACCUUCUCGCUAUGAACCCUACGUUCUGAUUUAUGCCAAUGAUUCUGCUAUUUCAGAGCCAGAGAAUGUUGUCUCUAGUUUGCAAGGGCACCGUCGUCCUCUGACAAGGGUCUUUCCUGGGCCAGAAAACCAUGUGAGGAGCGGCCUCGGGAAGCGGCGGCGAAAACGCUCCACAAAGGUCCUGUUGCCAUUGCAGAAUAACGAGCUUCCAGGAGCCGAGUACCAGUACGACGAGGAUGAGAGAUGGGAAGACAGAAAACCGUACAAACUCUUUCAGCCACGGUUAGCAGAGAGGGCGAAGAGUAAGAUAAAGCAGAGGAAGAAUCAUCAGCAGAAGAGCCAGACUCUACAGUUUGAUGAGCGAACGCUGAAGAAGGCGAGGAGGAAGCAGUGGAACGAGCCAAGGUAUUGCACCCGACGCUAUCUCAAGGUGGACUUUGCGGACAUUGGCUGGAGCGAGUGGAUUAUUUCCCCAAAAUCUUUCGAUGCCUACUACUGCUCAGGGGAAUGCCAAUUUCCAAUUCCAAAGGCCUUGAAGCCAUCCAACCAUGCCACCAUCCAGAGCAUAGUGAGAGCCGUUGGGGUUGUCCCGGGCGUUCCUGAGCCUUGCUGUGUUCCUGACAAAAUGUCUUCUCUCAGUAUCUUAUUCUUCGAUGAAAAUAAAAACGUGGUUCUUAAGGUGUACCCCAACAUGACAGUGGAAUCCUGUGCGUGCCGAUAACAUCUCUGGAGA